GGUGGUCAGGGCCUCCUGCGCGGCGCCGGGGUGUGCUGCGCAUGCUCAGCAGCGGCGUUGAGGGGUCGGCGGUCAGCUCCCAGCGCCUGUGGUGUACUGCGCAUGCUCAGCAGCGAAGUUUACGGGGCUGGAGUACAGUGGCAUGAUCUCGGCUCACCGCAACCUCAUCCUCCCGAGUUCAAGCCAUUCUCAUGUGUCAGCCUCGCGAGUAGCUGGGAUUACAAGGUGCACAGCACCAUGCCGGGCUAAUUUUGUAUUUUUAGUAGAGACAGGGUUUCUCCAUGUUGGUCAGGCUGAUCUUGAACUGCUGACCUCAGGUGAUCCACCCACCUCGGCCUCCCAAAGUGCUGGCAUUAUAGACAUGAACCACCGCACCUGGCCUAUAUGCUUUCUUAAUAUCCAUUCUGGAUCAGUGCUGUUGGAAGACAAAAUUACAACAAAUUUAGUUAAAGAUCUAAUUGGCUUUUAUUCUUGAUUUGUGAAUAGGGCAACCUCCAUUCUACAAAAUAGAAUAAGACCUCGAUAGGGUAAUAGCACAACAGUGGGUUUUGUAGGGCGGCAACAAAGAAACAGAACAAUAGGUAAAAAAGCUGAUUGGUUAACGUCAAGUUACAUUAGGUUACUUUUUUCCUAAGGGUUAAAGCAGAAGCGACUUCCGUAUUAUUCUGACUCAGGAAGACUGGAAUCUUCUGAUCUCAGGAAAAGCUGGUCUGUUUGAGAUGCACCUCCUUCUUUAAAGUUUUAGUUUGAUCAUGUGGCAUAUGGCAUGAGUGGCUGCAUUUUGGUUUGGUCUCAUCGUGGGGCCUAGUGCAGGGGCUCAGUCCAAAACAAUGACCUCUCCUGGGCCAUGCAUGGUGGCUUCUGUCAUCCCAGCACUUUGGGAGGCCAAGGCGGCAGAUUGCCUGAAGCCAGAAGUUUGAGACCUCAUCUCUAAAAAAACCCCAAAAACAAAAAAACCACACACACACCCCAUAUUAACAUUAUAUAUAUGUAACAUCUCCCAUAAUUUUUAACAGAGGUAACACAUAUGGACAUGUUUGUGUAUUUGUUUAAUCAAUCUGUUAGUGACAUAGAGUUCUAAAAACCUUUUCUCGUACAUACAAACAAUUGGAAGAUUAUUUUAGCUUGGAAUAAACUAAAUACCUGCUGCUAUAACAAAAUGACAAAAAUAGCUUAAACUGGGCAAUUUAUAAACAACAGCAAUUUAUAGAAUUCUUAUAGUUGUAGAGGCUAAGAAGUCCAAGAUUAAGGUGCCAGCAGAUUUAGUGUCUGAUGAGGAUCCUGUCCUCAUAGACGGCCAUUUCCUUGCUCUGUCCUCAUGUGGUGGAAGGGGCAAACUGCUCCCUUACAUCUCUCUUGCUCUUUUUUUUUUUUUUUUUUGAGAUGGAGCCUCGCUCUGUCACCCAGGCUGGUGUCGCAAUCUUGGCUCACUGCAACCUCCGCCUCCUGGAUUCAAGUGAUUCUCCUGCCUCAGCCUCCCGAGUAGCUGGGAUCACAGGCGUGCACCACCAUGCCUGGCUAAUUUUUGUAUUUUUAGUAGAGAUGGGGUUUCACCAUGUUGGACAGGCUGGUCUUGAACCCCUGACCUCAGGUGAUCUGCCCGCCUCGGCCUCCCAAAGUGCCGGGAUUGUAGGUGUGAGCCACAGUGCCCAGCUCCAUCUCUCUUAUAAGGCCACUAAUCCUAUAAAUGAGGGCUUGCCCUCAUGACUUAAUCACAUCCUAAAGGUCCCACCCCUUAAUACUAUCACAUUUGUGUUAAGUUUCAACAUUCAUAUAUUUAAACUUAUGACACAUAUUAUAUGUCAUAUAAUGUGUCAUAUUACAUAUUAUGUGUCAUAAUAUGGACACAUUCAGACCAUAGCAAAUAGUACUGUGCAUAUCAUGCAGUGGAUAUGCUAAGUUUUAGAGUCAACUUUGUAGAAAAUAACAUAUUGAUGACAAGUACUUUAAUAUAUUCUGGAGUAUCGGGGGAACCCGCCCCCAGUAUUUCAACAUAGGUUCCAUUUUCCAUAAGUGUCAGCCAGCUGAGAAACAAAGAGAGACAGUAUAAAGAGAGGAAUUUUACAGCUGGGCUGCCAGGAGUGACAUCACAUAUCGGUAGGACCGUGAUGCCUGCCUGAGUCUCAGACCAGCAAAGUUUUAUUAAGGGUUUCAAAAGGGGAGGGGGCGUAAGAACAGGGAGUAGGUACAAAUAUCGCAGGCUUCAAAGGGCAAAAAGCAGAACUACUAAUAAGGGUCUAACAAACAUCACAUGCUUCUGAGGGAGCAGGACAAAGGGCAAAAGCAGAACUACUGAUAAGGGUCCAACAAAGAUCACAGGGCAAAGGGCAAAAGCAGAACCACUGAUAAAGAUCUAUGUUCAGUGGUGCACAUAUUGUCUUGACAAACAUCUUAAAUAACAGAAAACAGGGUUCAAGAGCAGAGAAUUGGUCUGACCACAAAUUUACCAGGGUGGAGUUUUUCCCCACCUUAGUAAGCCUGAGGGUACUGCAGGAGACCAGGGCGUAUCUCAGUCCUUAUCUCAACCGCAUAAGACGGACAUUCCCAGACCAGCUGUUUAUAGACCUCCCCCCAGAAAUGCAUUCCUUCCCCAGGGUAUUAAUAUUAAUAUUCCUUGCUAGGAAAAGAAUUUAGUGAUAGCUUCUCUACUUGCAUGCCCAUUUAUAGGCUCUCUGCAAGAAGAAAAAUAUGGGUGUUUUUGCGUGACCCUGCAGGCAGUCAAACCUUAUGGUUGUCUUCCCUUGUUCCCUAAAAACCGCUGUUACUCUGUUCUUUUUCAAGGUGUACUGAUUUCAUAUUGUUCAAACACGUGUUUUACAAUCAAUUUGUACAGUUAACACAAUUAUCACAGUGGUCCUGAGGUGACAUACAUCCUCAGCUUACGAAGAUAACAGGAUUAAGAGAUUAAAGACAGGCAUAAUAAAUUAUAAAAGUAUUAUUUGAGAACUGAUAGAUGUCCAUGAAAUCUUCAAAACUUAUGUUCCUCUGCCGUGGCUCCAGCCGGUCCCUCCAUUCGGGGUCCCUGACUUCCUGCAACACUGGAGUUUGUUGUUCACUGGAUGCUGACAAAUAUGAGAAUGAUCCAGAAUUAGAAAAGAUCCGAAGAGAGAGGAACUACUCCUGGAUGGACAUCAUAACCAUAUGCAAAGAUAAACUACCAAAUUAUGAAGAAAAGAUUAAGAUGUUCUACGAGGAGCAUUUGCACUUGGACGAUGAGAUCCGCUACAUCCUGGAUGGCAGUGGGUACUUCGAUGUGAGGGACAAGGAGGACCAGUGGAUCCGGAUCUUCAUGGAGAAGGGAGACAUGAUAACGCUCCCCGCGGGGAUCUAUCACCGCUUCACGGUGGAUGAGAAGAACUACACGAAGGCCAUGCGGCUGUUUGUGGGAGAACCGGUGUGGACAGCGUACAACCGGCCCGCUGACCAUUUUGAAGCCCGCGGGCAGUACGUGAAAUUUCUGGCACAGACCGCCUAGCAGUGCUGCCUGGGAACUAACACGUGCCUCGUAAAGGUCCCCAGUGUAAUGACUGAGCAGAAAAUCAAUCACUUUCUCUUUGCUUUUAGAGGAUAGACUUGAGGCUAGGUUAUCUUUCCUUUGUAAGAUUAUUUGAUCAGAAUAUUUUGUAAUGAAAGGAUCUAGAAAGCAACUUGGAAGUGUAAAGAGUCACCUUCAUUUUCUGUAACUCAAUCAAGACUGGUGGGUCCAUGGCCCUGUGUUAGUUCAUGCAUUCAGUUGAGUCCCACAUGAAAGUUUCAUCUCCCCAAAUGCAGUUCCUUAGAUGCUCAUCUGGACGUGAUACCAUGCCUGCCGUGUAAGAAGGUGCAAUCCUAGAUAACACAGCCAGCCAGAUAGAAGACACUUUUUUCUCCAAAAUGAUGCCUUGGGGUGGGGAGUGGUAGGGGGAAGAGCUCCCACCCUAAGGGGCACACACUGAGUUGCUUAUGCCACUUCCUUCUUCAAAAUAAAGUAACUGCCUUAAUCUUAUACUCAUGGCUUGGAGUUACCUUAUAUUCAGGUAUAUAUGAUAUUUUGCCUGGUUUGUUAAAAUUGCCCCAUUUAGAUUCCUUCUAUAAUUGUUCUUAUAGAUAAGUAAUUUAUAUAUGAGCUGUGUUAGUAUUUUUUCAGUGUGAGAUCUCUGGAUUCUUUCACAAUCAAGCUGUUGAAUUUUAACAAGAGUAUUAGUACAUAAAUUUUCUACUCAACAAUUCCGAGAUAGGAUUAUGCCUAGUUUGUCAUAUCAUAGAAAAUCUCCAAGUUAACUUCAUGUUUUGGAAGGCAGGUCGUUUUUAAAGUAUUUCUUUUUUUAACUGGAUGAAAAAUCUUCAUGUUAGGAUUAAUUAUUUUAAUCACCUCCACACUGUACAGAGGAAACUCAAGCCUUAAAUGUUUAAGUAAACUCUGUCUCAAUUUUAGGAUUAAAAUAUCCACCGGUGGUGUGAUGAUAACAUAUACCGCAGGGCUUGCUUCUGUCAAGUAUGACUCUAUCUCAGUAAUUAAAAUAAGUGCUGAUCUA